GACGGGCAGAUGGAGGAGGGAUUGUAAUGGCGGCGGCCGGCAGCUCCCUGCUCUGACCCACGGCAGGCACAUAGCAACGACCCCCCCCUCCCCGCCCCUCUCCCGGCCGGCCUCCGCCCCGCCGUCGGCGCGGGGCCACCUUCCACGGCCCUUCCCCCAGCUGUCGGCGUCUAGCCCUGAGCCCCGGCCGGGGCCCCGCACACAAUGGACGAGCUUGCCGGAGGCGGUGGUGGCGGCCCGGGAAUGACGGCCCCUCCCCGGCAGCAGCAGGGACCUGGGGGGAACCUGAGUCUUUCGCCGGGGGGCAACGGAGCGGCGGGCGGCGGGGGUCCUCCGGCCUCCGAGGGAGCCGGUCCCCCGGCAGGCCCCGAGCUGUCCCGGCCACAGCAGUACACUAUUCCGGGGAUACUGCACUACAUCCAGCACGAGUGGGCUCGGUUCGAGAUGGAGCGGGCGCACUGGGAGGUGGAGCGGGCCGAACUGCAGGCACGGAUAGCAUUUUUACAAGGAGAAAGAAAAGGUCAAGAGAAUUUGAAGAAGGAUUUAGUAAGAAGAAUAAAGAUGUUAGAGUAUGCAUUAAAACAAGAAAGGGCAAAAUAUCAUAAAUUAAAGUAUGGCACAGAACUGAACCAAGGUGAUUUGAAAAUGCCAACCUUUGAAUCAGAAGAAACCAAAGACACAGAGGCUCCCUCAGCACCUCAGAAUAGCCAGUUAACAUGGAAGCAAGGCAGACAGCUGUUAAGACAGUACCUUCAGGAAGUAGGUUACACAGAUACAAUAUUAGAUGUACGGUCUCAGCGGGUAAGGUCAUUACUUGGACUCUCUAAUUCAGAACCAAAUGGAUCAGUAGAAACAAAGAACUUAGAACAAAUCCUGAAUGGUGGUGAAUCUCCGAAGCAAAAAGGACAAGAAAUCAAAAGGCCUACUGGUGAUGUUCUUGAGACAUUCAAUUUCUUAGAAAAUGCUGAUGACAGUGAUGAAGAAGAGGAAAAUGACAUGAUUGAAGGCAUCCCAGAAGGAAAAGAUAAACAUCGGAUGAAUAAACACAAAAUAGGUAAUGAAGGCUUAGCUGCAGACCUAACUGAUGAUCCUGAUACAGAGGAAGCACUGAAAGAAUUUGAUUUUUUAGUGACUGCUGAAGAUGGUGAAGGAGCUGGAGAAGCACGGAGUUCAGGGGAUGGCACUGAAUGGGAUAAAGAUGACCUCUCCCCAACUGCUGAGGUUUGGGAUGUAGACCAGGGACUAAUAAGUAAACUGAAGGAACAGUACAAGAAGGAACGAAAGGGGAAGAAAGGGGUGAAGAGGGUCAACAGAACAAAACUCUGCGACAUGAUAGCUGAUCUGGGAGAUGAUGAGCUGCCCCACAUCCCUUCAGGAAACAUUAAUCAGUCUAGGUCAGCCUCUACUAGAAUGACUGAUCAUGAAGGUGCAAGAGCAGAGGAAGCUGAACCAAUAACGUUUCCAUCUGGAGGAGGCAAGUCAUUUAUUAUGGGUUCUGAUGAUGUUUUGUUAAGUGUACUGGGCCUUGGAGACCUUGCAGACUUGACGGUAACAAAUGAUGCAGACUAUAGUUAUGAUUUGCCUGCCAAUAAAGAUGCCUUUCGAAAGACAUGGAAUCCCAAGUAUACACUACGUAGCCAUUUUGAUGGAGUGCGGGCAUUAGCUUUUCAUCCUGUUGAACCUGUGCUGGUUACUGCCUCUGAGGACCAUACGCUGAAACUUUGGAACUUGCAAAAAACAGUUCCUGCCAAAAAGAGUGCCUCUUUAGAUGUAGAGCCUAUCUACACAUUUAGGGCCCACAUUGGCCCUGUUCUGUCAUUAGCUAUUAGUUCUAAUGGAGAACAGUGUUUUAGUGGUGGUAUUGACGCAACCAUCCAGUGGUGGAAUAUGCCUAGUCCUAACGUGGAUCCAUAUGAUACAUAUGAGCCAAAUGUUCUAGCUGGCACUUUAGUUGCUCAUACAGAUGCAGUCUGGGGUCUUGCUUAUAGUGGCAUAAAAAAUCAGUUACUGUCUUGUUCAGCAGAUGGCACUGUUAGGUUAUGGAAUCCACAAGAAAAAUUGCCAUGUAUUUGCACUUACAAUGGAGACAAGGAACAUGGAAUACCUACAUCUGUUGACUUUAUUGGCUGUGAUCCAGCUCAUAUGGUGACCUCUUUCAACACUGGUAGUGCAAUAAUUUAUGAUUUAGAAACAUCACAGUCAUUGGUGAUGCUUUCAUCACAGGUAGAUUCUGGUUUACAAUCCAUUAAUCAUAUUAAUAGAAUAGUAAGUCAUCCCACACUUCCUGUUACAAUAACUGCUCAUGAAGAUAGACACAUCAAAUUUUUUGACAAUAAAACGGGUAAAAUGAUCCAUUCUAUGGUAGCUCAUUUGGAUGCUGUUACAAGUCUAGCAGUAGAUCCUAAUGGAAUCUAUUUGAUGUCGGGAAGCCAUGACUGUUCCAUUAGAUUAUGGAAUUUAGACAGCAAGACAUGUGUACAAGAAAUAACAGCUCACAGGAAGAAAUUGGAUGAGUCAAUUUAUGAUGUUGCUUUCCAUCCAUCAAAAGCAUAUAUUGCAAGUGCAGGAGCUGAUGCCCUUGCCAAAGUAUUUGUGUGAAUCCACAAAAACUCACAUCAUGACAAAAGAUUUGCUUGGACAGAAAAAGGGUCUGCAUCACUGCCAUCAGAAAGGUUAUUGAUAUAACACUACAUGUGUUCUGCCUGGUGAAGGCUAUUUGGGGCAGGCAUAAAUUGGUAGAAAUCACAUCUUAAUGUCAGGCUCAUUAAUUUAAUUGUAAUUACUGUAUUUUGUGGGACAUAAAGAAAAAGGACUCCAGUAUUUGUGGCCUGUACUGGAUAUGAACUGAGCGUAUGUCUGUUUUUUAGGUGUCUCUAAGCCAAUGUGGAGUCUGAUCUUUCAAAGACUUUUUUUUUUCCCCUAAAGGACUCUGUGUGCUGCCUUAGGGUUAGGAAUGUGGUGCUCUUGUGGGGGAAAGUGAGCUCCAAGAGUAGCUUUUUUUCCAUCUCUUAGUGAUCUUUUGUUUAUCAGUUGAAUGCCACAGAUUCCCUUUUGAACUUAUUUUGCUUUAAAAAAAAAAAAAGAAGAAAAAGAAAAUUUAACUUAAAAUAUUUUAGCAUUAGUUGCACAAAAUGUUUGGAUAAAAUUCUAGUUUUUAUAAGUCUUUUUAUAUAUUUAGCCUGUCACAACAGUGCUCAAGAUUGUAUUGAAGUUUUUCUGCAUUAUACAACCCUAAACACUGAGAUCUCACUGACCAGCCACCCCCUUAACCACUUUCUUUCCUCCUUUUGCCUAAUACAGCUCAGCUAAGUCCUUCCAUAAAGAUGCUAAAUCACCUUCAUCAUUACAUAAAUGUCUUCAUGAACAAAGGACUAUUAAGUGUAUUAAAAUGAAACAGUGGGGUUUAGUACUCCAAAGGAACUCUUUAAAAAACUAAUCUUGGCAUCCUAUCACUAUGUGAUAUUUUGUACAUCUUACUGUAUUUACAAGUUUAUUUAUCAAGGAUUAUCCAUCUUGCUAAUGGCCUAUUAUUUAUUUCACUUUUUGUUGGUCUUUAUAUCCUUUUAUUAAUGUGCUAAAGAAACCUGUAUAUCUAUUUUGGAACUCCUUUGAAUAGUCUAAAAUAGACUAAAAAUGGAAUAUUUUAUAGUUUAUGUUACAAAACAAGGUGUCCCCCCCGCCAAGAUAUAUAUCUUGGUUUACCAUGAUUCCAAACAAAAUUAUCUUGUUUAAAAAUAUUUGGAGUAAAAUUUUAUUUGCAUUACAAAUAGGAUACAAAGUACUUCAAUCAGGAAACAGAAAUCUGCUGUGUUGGGACUAGUUUUCCCUGUUUUAUUUUUUUAGAUGUGCUUAAUUUUAUGGUGUAACUAAAGAUUUUGUUUGUGUAAUGCAUGAUUAAGACAAUAAAGUAUUUUUUCUAGUCUUCCAAAAAAAACUUUUCCGAUCAGUUUGCAAGUUUUGAUGAGUUUUGUAAGGGUUUUUGUUUUACAAACUAUGAAUCAGCAAAUUUUUAAGAUUGUACCACAAAGCAAACGUACAGCUGUUGAAAAAUAAUGUAUAUAAAAUGCAUAUAAUAAAUAUAAAUUGUGUACCUGUAUGUUACUGUUUGCUACAUCAUUUUGUGUUGAAUAAUAAAGUGCAAUACUCUCCAUAAUUAAACUAGGAAAUGGA